GAGCGACGCCCCCGCUCCCAGGAGGCGCUCACGCAGCUUCGUCUGGCGGCCCCGUGCUGCGUGGGCUUCCUGACCAAUCGCUUGGUCACCACUGCAGCAACCAUCAUCGUGGGACAUUUAGGUGAGAGGCAAUUGGCGGCCGUUGGAUUGGCCAUCAGCUUGGCUAACGUCUCAGGCUACACGGUGCUGGUUGGGCUUUCAUCCACACUGCAGACAACGGCUGGACAAGCCUAUGGCGCAAAGAACUUCGAAGAGGUGUGUUUAAGCCUUCAAAGAUGUCUGUUAUUGUGUACCGUCGUCCUUGCUGUCGUUGGGGUGCUGUGGCUGAACAGCAAGUCUUUCCUCAUAGCCACAGGGCAGGAGGAGGCAGUUGCAGACCUCGCAGCGAGCUAUCUACUGUAUCUUUUCCCAGGUCUCUGUUGUUACAUGGUGACGAUAUGUCUGGAGAACUGGCUGGCAGCGCAGCGCAUAACCACUGUACAAGGGACUGGCGGGUUGAUCCUCUUGACCGGCUUCGUGCCAUUGUGCUGGAUCUUGGUGCAGCCACUUCACAUGGAAACCAAGGGCGCUGCCAUCGCGACGUCGCUGGGACAUCUGUUCUUGAUGCUGUGGAUGGUUGGUCAGACCUUUAUCGCCAUCCGCUCUUCCCUAAGGAUGUCAUGGCAGGGCCUCUCGCGCCGAGCAUUCACGGAUUGGUGCCCUUUCCUCCACCUGGCAGUGCCGAGCCUCUUUGUCAUCUCGAAGCGCUGGGCCACGGAGAUUAUCGUCCUGCUGUCCGGGACCCUGCCAGACCCCGAAGCCAAUUUGGCAGCCAUGACGAUCUUUGCCAACACUUGCGCGAUCCUAUCGAUGCCGCCCCUGAGCUUGGGAUGUGCAGGGAACACCCGCGUGAGCAAUGAGCUGGGUGCCGGCUGCCCCUGGGCAGCGCACUUCGCAGCCAAAGUCAACUACAGUUUGGGACUCUGCCUGGCCUCGCUGCUCUCUGCCGCGAUACUGGCGGGCCGCUGCCUGUGGAUUCACUUCAUCACCUGUGAGAGGGAGGUCGAGGACCACACCAAGCACAUUUUGGUCAUCUGUCCGCUGUAUGUGGCCCUGGACUGCAUGUGCACAGUGACGAAUGGUGCUUUGAAGGGAUGUGGGCGUCAGCUGCUGCUGGCGCCGGUGGUCCUGGCUUCAUACUUCCUCAUCGGCAUACCCUCUGCUUGGCUCUUUGCGUGGCCAGGCCGCAUGAGUGCCAAGGGCUUAGCCCUUGGAUCCUCUGUUGGGACCUUUGCUCACUGCGUGGCCGUCUCGGUCAUUCUGUGGACCACGAAUUGGGUGCUAAUGUCGAGGGCAGCCAGGGUUGUGUCCACAGAGGACAGCUGUUCCAGCACCUGCAGGGGCAGUGCUACGUCGGCACGAGCAGGGAUGCCACCGUCCUUGGAUGCAGAGGAAGAUGAGGGCAGAGAGCCAGACGCCCGGCGGAGCGUCCGCCAGGAGGUGCUGGAUCAAUUGCGCUUAUCGGCGCCCAUCUGCCUCGGCCUCUUGGCCAACCGGUUCAUGGCCACGACCUCCACGGUGAUUGUGGGUCACUUGGGUGAGAAGGAGCUGGCAGCUGUAGGGCUCGCGGUCAGCCUGGCAAACGUCUCGGGCUACAGCAUUUUGGUGGGGAUCGCGACCACGCUGCAGACCACAACUGGGCAAGCUUUUGGAGCCCGAAAUUUCGAAGAGGUUUCUUUAAGUCUGCAGCGAUGUACCCUGCUUUGCCUCGUCAUGCUGGGCCUGAUCGCAGCACUUUGGCUGAGCAGUGAACCACUGCUUCUGGCUGUGGGACAAGAGAAAGCCGUGGCUGCUCUUGCUGCGAGAUAUCUGAAGUAUCUGCUCCCGGGGGUGUGCUGCUACCUCGUCACGCAGUGCUCUCAGAACUGGCUGGCAGCCCAGCGCAUGACGGGCGUCCAAGCAACUGGAGGUCUUAUCUUGGCCGCAGUUUAUCUGCCCCUCUGCUGGACCCUUGUCCACCCUCUGAAGCUAGGCUUCAUCGGUGCAGCUGUCGCGACAUCCCUAAGCAACGCAAUCCUCGCCUUAUGGAUGGUCUUUAAAACUUGUCGAGCUCUUCGAAGCGAACUGCCGAGAUCUUGGCAAGGCUUCUCCAGAUUGGCUUUCACACGGUGGUCCCCCUUUCUGAAGCUGGCAGUGCCCAACUUUCUGAUGAUCUCAGAGUGGUGGGCUUCUGAAAUCAUCGUCCUGAUGUCCGGCACGCUUCCCGAAGCAGAGGUGAGCCUGACCGCGAUGGCUGUCUUCGCGAACACCUGCUCCAUCUGUUUUAUGCCACCCUUGAGCUGGGGCAUGGCAGCGAACACCCGCGUCAGCAACGAGUUGGGUGCUGGACGGCCGCGUGCUGCCAAGUUCGCCUCGCAGGUGAACUUCUGGCUGCGUGGCCCAGAAUUUGUUUCUUAUCCGUUAAUCCUGUACUUACUUGCUAGGUUACUGCCUUAA